UUAAAAUUGUUCAAUGGAGCAAAGUGUCACACUCCUCAAGACUGAGGAGGCUCGAUUGGAUCAACUCUACCAUUCGAGGUGAGAUGAAGACCAGAGGAUGGAUUUCACCCAAUUCUUGCUUUUUAUCCUUGAUAGGAGUAUUAUUAGCAACAAAUUUGGAGUAGAAAUAUUUUAUCAAGCAUUCAAAGAAGCUGCCCAAAACGAAGAAUACCUUGACAUCAAAAGCUUCAAUUAUGCAAUAGUAUGGCUAGCAAAGAUAAUAUUCGCUGACGACUACAAUCCCGUUGAGACCAUGUUCACAACUGUCUUGAUGGACAAGACAAUUACCCAUCAAAAUGACUUAGUGGGAGGGAGAGUCCCAAGCACAGAUAAAGAUACCCUAAUCGUUCUUUCAGAAGAAGCUAUCCUAUUCUACAUUUCUUACAUGGAUAGGCUCAAGAUCUUGUUUGCAUCCUGUCAUCAUAAUAACUCCAUGGAGAACAAAAGGAGAGUGAAUUGGAAAGAAUUAAGUGAUAAAAACAUGGGAAUUCUAACUGGUAGUUUUCUUAACUUCUGUAAAGAUUACUUCCUCAUUCCACACAUGUUCAAUGUUGAAGUCCUGGAAGGUAUUCUAUUUUCAAUCGUCACUCCGCUUCACAAAGAGGAAUAUGAGUAUUUCUCUGACCAUUUGCUGGUAAGCCAAUCUGAAGAAGACAAAAAGAAGAUCUCUAGUAGUUAUGAGUUCAAACCUGGGGAACCCGAGAUCUUGUUCCACGAGUUUUUGUUUUUACUAGGUAAAAUCGCUCAUAAAACUGUUGUUGCUUCAGAGGCAGAAACUUUGGAAGACAAGCUCAAAGUGUUUUUCUUUGAGAAACUCAAAUUCCCUUCUAUUGAGAACCCAAUUGAAUAUGCACUUCAACUAUUAGGAGGAGAGAUCGACCCAGAUGAAGAUCUCUAUUCGAGUGAUGAUGACUUAGAAUCUGAAAAACUGGAUGAUCCUCAUCAGAAACUGCUUGAGUUCAUUGAAAGAAGAGCUGAGAAAGAUGAGAAUUUUGUGUUGGAUUAUGAAGAAGUCUUACAAGAGCUAGAACUGGCCUUACCUCCUGUUCCAGAUCCACCCAAAGUGGUUCAGGAGAAUCCUCCUCCAUAUGCACAGCCUCGUGUCCUAUUUGGAAAGCAUCUCCCAAAACCUGAAGAAGAUGGUAAAGACAAGAAAAAGAAGCCUCCACAAAGGAGACAAAAUAAUCGUAAAAAGGAUGAAAAACCAAAGAAGAUUUAUCCUUUUGAGGAGUAUCCCCCAAAGCCAAGAGAGCCUCUCAACCUAUACCACUUUGAUAAUCUGAGGGAUGAAAUGACAGAAAAUGUGUUUCCCAAGCACUACAGUGCUUCGCAAUGUAACCCAGGAGUUGGACCAUGCAUUAUAAAGGAAGUUCUCUUUCCUCCAGAAGCACCUCAAGAAUUCGCUACUUUGAUCGAGAGUGCUCUGGUUUACCAAAACACCGCAAAUUACGAGAUGGCUAUAGAGACCUUGGAAAGAUGAAGAGACGAGUGGAGAAAAGCUGAAUCUGGCGAAGAAUGGAAAAAGGAAGUCGAGGAGGUUAAACCCCUCAGACCUGAGAUAGAGCUCUUUUUUUAAACUGAGCCUCGGAUCUGUUUAUGAAUCUGCUGGAAGAGAUGAGCUUGCGCUUUCCAAGUACCUUAGUGCUAAGAAUAUUAAGCUUGUGUAUAAUCAUCCGGAUCAGGCCUUUCCAUAUUGAGGUAUUGGUAGUAUUCUGUUUCAUAUGGAAGAGCCUGUUUGGGCUCUUAGAGCAUACCUAAAAGCGAGAGAGAUUAGAGAGGAAAGAUUAGGAGGAGAUACAGUGGAUACAGCAACAGUUUACAACAACCUUGGAUGAUGUAUGCUCACAAUUGAGAGAAACCAAGAAGCAUGAGCAUUCUUUGACCUUGCAGAAGCUAUUUUAGAAGUAGAGCUUGGCUCUCAACAUGAAAGAACUCUCACAGCUGCUCGAAAUAUCAAGAAGGCAAGACGUACAGUUCUAAACAUCAAGCCUGAAUAUCCUCCUCUAUGGUCUUUCGCAGCUAUAAAUCCAAACCCAAAGCUCACAAAGAAGAAGAAAAAGAAGGGGAAGAAAAAGAAGAAGAAAUAG